GUCACGCUAUUUCAUGGGUAUUUCCCCUCCAACAUGGAAUCCCUUGGUUUAUCUGGAUUACAAUAACUUCUGGAGGACCUUGGACAAGAUGGGAAAAGAGAUUCCUCUUGAAGCACCAUGGGACGCUCCGCAUGCUGAAGAAUGGGACAAAAUGACCAUGAAAGAGUUGAUAAAUAAGAUUUGCUGGACCAAAGCUGCUAAAGAAUUUGCUACUUUCUUUGUGAAUGUCAAUGUCACAUCUGAGCCUCAUGAAGUCUCUGCUCUCUGGUUCCUGUGGUAUGUGAGGCAGUGUGGGGGCACAGCCAGGAUUUUCUCAAUCACCAAUGGAGGCCAGGAGAGGAAGUUUAAAGGGGGUUCUGGUCAGAUAUCGGAGAAAAUAAUGGAACGCCUGAAAGGCAAAGUUAAACUGGAGCAACCUGUGGUCCGUAUUGAUCAGACAGGUGAUAAUGUCAUUGUGGAGACGCUAAACCAUGAGAUAUAUGAGGGCAAGUAUGUGAUCAGUGCUAUCCCUCCAAUCAUGACGACGAAGAUUCAUUACAAACCAGAACUGCCAACAAAGAGAACCCAGUUAAUUCAGCGUAUGCCUAUGGGGUGUGUCAUAAAAUGCAUGGUGUACUACAAGGAAGCCUUCUGGGAGAGGAAGGGUUAUUGUGGUUCCCUCGUCAUUGAGGAUGAAGAGUCUCCAAUUGGAAUAACCAUAGAUGACACGAAACCUGAUGGAUCUUUCCCUGCCAUUAUGGGUUUCAUCCUUACCAGAAAGGCUGUUAAACUGACCCAUCUCAGUAAGGAAGAGAGGAAGAAGAAGAUCUGUGAGGCAUAUGCCAAGGCAAUGGGGAUGGAAGAGGCUUUACAUCCUGUGCAUUAUGAAGAAAAGAACUGGAGCACGGAACAAUAUUCAGGGGGUUGUUACACAGCCUACUUCCCACCAGGCAUAAUGUAUUCUUAUGGAAGGAUCAUUCGCCAGCCCUUUGACAGAAUCUACUUUGCUGGCACGGAGACAGCUACCCAAUGGAGUGGAUACAUGGAGGGGGCUGUAGAGGCAGGAGAGAGAGCAGCCAGAGAGAUAUUGCACAGUAUGGGGAAGGUGUUAAAGAAGGACAUUUGGAUGCCGGAGCCAGAGUCAAAGGAUGUCCCAGCCCGACCAUUCAACACCAGCUUCUGGGAGAGGAACCUGCCGUCCGUGCCUGGACUGCUGUGCCUGCUUAGCUCUACCAUGUUUUUCACUUCUGUGGCUGCUGCAGGGCUGUUUGCCUAUAAAAAGGGACUACUAAUUCGGAACUAA